ACAAGAGUGUGUAUUUUUGUUCUUAAGAAAUGUCUCGUCAGAGUUUUUUCUGAACCAUAGAGAUGCUUUGAUGUCUAACCGUGUUCGUAGGAGAUAAGUACAUCAAUUUAAGCAACUUGUCAAUCUCAUAGUUUUCAUACGACUUGACUCCGUAGUACCUAAGUGCCUCUUCUAAAAUCCUGACCAAAAGUUAUAUGUAGUGACCGUCCUAGUGGUAGCUACAUCUUCAUCCCAAAAUUUUCUACAUCUUCAGAUUAUGAAAAGACAAAAAAAGUAACGAGACAUGGGGAAUCAAAUUUUGGGAAAGUGAUAGUUCAAAUGUAACCUAUUGAAAAUAGACAUACCACUCUUUCCACUUUUCAGCACUAAAAAAUCUCAAUGUAAACUCACUGGUACAUAUGUAAACAACAAUUGAAAGCAAAAAAUAGCAUUCGGAUAAAUUUACUGUAAAAUUAUUAGUUCUUGGUUCCCUAUCUUUAACUCUACAUGGAAAUGUCUUCUUGGUCUUCAGAUUUUAAAGAACAAUCAAGGUUGUGUGAUGAUUUAGACUGUGAUAUGGAUUAUUUACUCUCUGGAAGGUAUGAAAGACUGAUAUCGGCCAAUACCACUGCUCAUUGUAAUUCUGUACAGUCUGCAUUUGCUUUACCAAAAUCAACAAACUCACUCUUUUGCUCACCGAAUCAGAUAUAUCCUAUAAAUUCAAUAUUCCCUUGUAGACAAGUCAUUACAUGCUCAUGUCGGUGCUGUGAUCCAUUCUCAGAUAACCUCAGUCACAUGGCAAGUAGAAGUAUAAACCAAGUACAUGAUAGAAAUAUUGACUUUCCGAGUAUUAUUAUAAAUGAUAAUGAUGUUAAUGUUGAUAAUGGCGACGAUGAACAGCCUAAAUUAAAUUUAACUGAUCCAUUAAUGACGGAUAUUGCGGCUGGAGAAUUAGGUAACUCACCUAAUUCAUGUCACGAAUAUGAUACGUUACUUAUGCUCCCUUCUUCAUCAUCGUCUUCUACAUCAUCAAUUGGAUACAUCAAUAAUCAUUGUAAUUCCAUGUGUUCAAGUCCUACAGAAAUAGAUUUCUUUAAUUCAUCUACUUCUUCAUAUGCUAAUAAUUGUAACAACAAUAAUAAUAAUAAUAUUAAUAAUUGUUAUAGUACAAUAUCUCCUAUUGAAUGUUCUUCUUCAUCGUCGAAUAGUUCUUGUUGUUCAUUCAAAUCACAACAAUGCUACAAUUGUAUGAACUCGAUUCAGGUGAAAAAUCAUUUAAAUAAUGAUAAUGUAUCAUCAAAAUCUUCUAAUAACUCUACAACUACUGCUAUUAGUAGUAGCAAUAGUAGGGCUACUACUAUCACUAAUUCCGUUGAUACUAUUGCUACAGAUAGUACUGUUAUCGUUUCUACUUCUAAUCCAUUUGUGAAACUGUUUACAACUUCAAAUAGUUCACUUGUUGAUCAUCAAACUCAACCACAUAUUUCAUCAUUAUCAAUGAGAACUGGUAAACCUGUAUGGCAAAUGAAAUUCACACGUAAACAGUAUGUUUAUAAUCGUACAAUUGUAAAUAGUAGUUCUCCCAUUGCAUCAUUAACACGAUCUCGUCAAUUGCAUCACCAUCAUCAUCACAACAACUACUACCAUCAACAACAAUUACAUCAUUAUUAUCAUCAAUCUAAACGUCGUUUCUCUUCCUUAUCAAAGAAAUCAUUUCCUGUAAAUAAUAAUCAUAUUGAUCAAAUCGAUAAUUCACAUCCAAUUUCAAUGCAUUAUGAUUAUUCCCUUAGUAAUAGUGAUAUAGUACAACAAUUACCAUCUAAUCAAACUGUUACGUCAUCUCAUGGACAAACUGUUCAAUAUCCUAUUCAUGAUUUAUUAUCCACUUAUACAUUUCAGUUAUCUCCAUCAAUUUCAAAUAAUCAAAGAGAAAAGUUAUUCUAUAAUAAUAGUAAUAUUAAUAAUAAUUCUAUCGACAAUAAUGAUCUUGAGGGUACUGUAAAUAUUCCAGAAAGUGAAGAAAAUGGUCUUAUAUAUACACCUGUUCCAAUAAGAAAGGAACAUAAUGAAUCAUCGUCCACUCGACCGUCAUCAUCAUCAUCAUUAUCUUCAUUUUCAAUAACACCAACAGUAACUAGCAAUAGUACUACUAAUUCUGUAACAUGUAAAAACCAAUCUAAAACUAAUUCAAUCCAUCAUUCUAUAAAUAUAUCUAAUCCUGUUCAUAAACGUUUGCAUUUGUUACAAUUUAUUAGUAAACUUUUACAAUAUUCUUCUGAUUUAUCAACAUCAUCUUUAAGGAAUUCCACAAAUUCAUCGUCAUUGUCAACAUCAUCAGCCUCUGCAUUCAUUUCGUCAUUGUUUCCUACAACAUCUACAAGUUCAUUUUGUUCAAUUAAUCAACAACCGGAUGAAUUUAUACUACAUUUAUUCAAUCCUAAUUCACAAUAUCUUAAUUGUGUUCAAUGGAUUGAUAAACAAGCACGUAUUUUCCAAAUAAGAAAUCCACAAAAGUUAUCACAAUUAUGGGGAUAUUAUCGUAAAAAUGUCAAUAUGACUUUUGAAUCGGUUAGUCGUAGUUUAAGAUUGUAUUAUGUCUCUGGGAAAUUAGAACGUAUUCGUGGUCAACGUAAUCAAUAUCGUUUUUUAGAUGUAAAUACUUAAAUUACACAAUUACAUAAUAUUUAUUUAUGAUUCUUUUCCUCGCUAGUUUAUAACAUCCCGUCUUCUGCACUAUAAUUUUUUUAUUUACCCCUCUCUACUUUUUACUUUUCUCUCGUGUUUUUGCUAAAAAAAAUUUUUAGAACUAUUUUUUGUGAGAAAAAGAUUAGCAUAUAGAAUUUUAAAAAGCAACCUUCUCUGUAUAUUUUCAUUUAUGAUCUGUGUUACAAUGCUUUGUCUAUUGGAUUAUUACUAUUAUGGUAACUAUUCCUGGUGGGGUGGCCCAUAGCUCUUCCACUAGGAGUAACAGGCUUAAAUAAGUAUUUUAACUAUAAUUAUCAUGC